UCUAGUUGCACUGCUGAAGUUCAGUUCAAUUCCCACAAUGAAAGCGCUGUAUUGGACAUUCCUGCUCCUUUCAGUCAGUACGGCUUCACUGGCAGAAGAAAGGUCUAUGAGGAGUAAGAGAAAUAUAGUUGACCUUUCUGGUGUCAUUAGAUGCACCACAGGCAGGCUGGCCAUAUCCUAUUUGACGUAUGGAUGCCAUUGUGGGCCCAGGAGAUCAGGCCCAACCAAAGACCAGACAGACAUGUGUUGCCACAAUCACGACUGCUGCUAUGAUAAAGCGGUUGCAGCAGGCUGCUGGACACUGAUUAAAAAAUAUCGUUGGAAUUGCGAAAACCAGCAGAUUAAAUGUGGUUUGAACACAGACACAUGUAGCCAAAUCCUUUGCGAGUGUGACAGAGAAUUUGGCGAGUGCCUAAGAAAUGCUCCUUACAACAGGAAAUUUGCCUUGUAUCCAACCUUUCUCUGCCGCUCUAGCACUCCUGGAUGCUAGACGAUGUAACAAUCUAUGAUUGAUACAUGAUUUAUGGUACACUUUCUACCUUCUUUUAAUGAUUAAUGAUUAU